UUAAACCGUGUCGCCCCAUGACCAACAACGCUGGCAGACUCUACCACUAUCGAAUUACGGUGUCACCUCCCACAAACUUCCUAACAGACAGACCUACUGUUAUUGAAUAUGACGACCACGAAUAUAUCUUUGAAGGGUUCUCCAUGUUUUCACAUGCCCCAUUAACAAACAUUCCUUUAUGUAAAGUAAUUAGAUUUAACAUUGACUACACCAUUCAUUUCAUCGAGGAGAUGAUGCCUGAGAAUUUUUGUGUGAGGGGUCUUGAGCUGUUCUCUUCUUAUCUAUUCAAAGAUAUUUUGGAGCUCUAUGACUGGAAUCUUAAAGGUCCUUCGCUUGAUAACGAGUCUACUUGCUGCCCCAGAUUUCACUUCAUGCCGCGAUUUGUGAGAUUUCUUCCAGAUGGAGGGAAAGAAGUACUGUCAAUGCACCAGAUUCUUCUCUACUUGUUACGAUGCAAUAAAGCUCUUGUGCCUGAGGAGGAGAUUGCCAACAUGCUUCAGUGGGAAGAACUGGAAUGGCAGAAAUAUGCAGAGGAAUGCAAAGGGAUGAUCGUUACCAGCCCUGGCAUGAAACCCAGCUCAGUUCGUAUUGAUCAGCUGGACCGCGAACAGUUCAAUCCUGAUGUAAUUACUUUCCCCAUUAUUGUCCACUUUGGGAUACGACCUGCUCAACUCAGUUACGCUGGAGAUCCUCAAUACCAAAAGCUGUGGAAGAGUUACGUGAAGCUGCGGCACCUGCUGGCCAACAGUCCCAAAGUCAAACAGGCCGAUAAGCAGAAAUUAUCGCAGAGAGAGGAGGCGCUGCAGAAGAUCCGGCAGAAGAACACGAUGAGGCGUGAGGUGACUGUGGAGCUGAGCAGCCAGGGCUUCUGGAAAACCGGGAUUCGCUCCGACGUCUGCCAGCAUGCAAUGAUGCUUCCUGUCCUCACCCACCAUAUUCGCUACCAUCAGUGCCUGAUGCAUUUGGACAAAUUGAUAGGCUACACUUUUCGAGAUAGGUGCUUGCUGCAGCUUGCCAUGACUCAUCCAAGCCAUCACUUAAACUUUGGAAUGAAUCCGGACCAUGCCAGAAAUUCCUUAUCCAACUGUGGGAUUCGACAGCCAAAGUACGGAGACAGAAAAGUUCACCAUAUGCACAUGAGAAAAAAAGGGAUAAACACAUUGAUAAAUAUUAUGUCACGUUUGGGACAGGAUGAUCCAGCUCCUUCCAGGAUCAAUCACAAUGAGCGUUUAGAAUUUCUGGGAGAUGCUGUGGUGGAGUUUUUAACAAGUGUCCACUUGUACUACCUGUUUCCCACCCUGGAGGAAGGGGGAUUAGCUACGUAUCGCACUGCCAUCGUGCAGAACCAACAUCUGGCCAUGCUGGCCAAGAAGCUGGAACUGGAUCGGUUUAUGCUUUACGCCCACGGUCCGGACCUUUGCAGGGAGUCAGAUCUCCGUCACGCCAUGGCCAACUGCUUCGAAGCCCUCAUAGGAGCUGUGUAUUUAGAGGGGAGCCUAGAAGAAGCCAAACAAUUAUUUGGACGUUUGCUCUUUAAUGACAAGGACCUGCGGGAUGUAUGGCUUAAUUAUCCACUACACCCACUCCAACUGCAAGAGUCCAAUACUGACAGGCAGCUCAUUGAGACCUCCCCAGUUCUUCAGAAGCUCACAGAGUUUGAGGAGGCAAUUGGAGUCAUUUUUACUCAUGUUCGGCUACUAGCACGUGCAUUCACCCUGAGGACUGUGGGUUUUAACCAUCUGACUCUAGGCCACAAUCAGAGGAUGGAAUUCCUGGGUGACUCCAUAAUGCAGUUGGUAGCCACAGAGUAUUUAUUCAUACAUUUCCCUGAUCAUCAUGAAGGGCACUUAACGCUGUUGAGAAGUUCUCUGGUAAACAACAGGACUCAAGCCAAAGUGGCAGAAGAGCUGGGCAUGCAAGAAUUUGCCAUCACUAAUGACAAGACAAAGAGACCUGUAGCUCUUCGGACUAAGACUUUGGCUGAUCUCUUGGAAUCCUUUAUUGCUGCCCUGUAUAUUGAUAAGGAUUUGGAAUAUGUGCACACUUUCAUGAAUGUAUGUUUUUUCCCACGUUUAAAGGAGUUUAUUUUAAAUCAAGAUUGGAAUGACCCCAAAUCUCAACUUCAGCAGUGCUGCUUGACUCUCAGGACUGAAGGAAAAGAGCCAGACAUUCCUCUUUACAAGACUCUGCAAACCGUUGGACCUUCUCAUGCCAGGACCUAUACAGUAGCUGUUUAUUUCAAAGGCGAAAGAAUAGGAUGUGGUAAAGGCCCAAGUAUUCAGCAAGCAGAAAUGGGAGCUGCAAUGGAUGCACUUGAAAAAUAUAACUUUCCCCAGAUGGCCCAUCAGAAACGGUUCAUUGAACGGAAAUACAGACAAGAGUUGAAAGAAAUGAGGUGGGAAAGAGAGCACCAAGAGAGAGAGCCAGAUGAGACUGAAGAAGCAAGGAAAUAAAAGGAGGGCAUGGAAGCAGUGGCAUAUUUACUUACUUAAUAACUCUGACUGUGGCCUACGGAGACCCAACCUACUUUCUUGCUGAUGAUGAAUGAAGGGUACCUGUUGGUAUCAAAUACAAAAUCUUAACCUCUCCUUAAAAAAGUGUGUAUAUAGAGAACAUUCUUCAGUUUGGUUUUAACUGCAAGUGUUUUGUUUUGUUUUUUCUCUGCUGAGGUUUGUUUUUAAGUCCUUUUAAUUUUUAUGAAAAGUUGUGGGAUUAUUCUUCCUGGUUUUAAUGUCUUGUUUGAAAUAAUAAAAUACUAAUUUCAAAUAUCUGUAGGAAGAAAAAG